AUCAUCAGCGGUAGAGCGCAAUCUCUUUUUCAGUCUCUUUGUACGUGCGCCUGCUGUGCGUUAAAGUGCUUUUUAUUUAGAACUCUUCACUAAAGCCAGUCACAACUACUUGGUGAGCUGUUAUAGAUGCUUUAUUAGACGAUUUUAUCGUCUGGAUUUGCUCUCUAAUCGGCCCUGGUUUUAGUAUUAAAGAGUUUGGAAGUCUAAUCUUUUACCUCACACCGAAAAAGAAGAUUUAUCAAAGAAAACCGAGGGGGGUGUUUUUUCAAGCAAAACGGCGCUGAUAUAUCCACUUUCUUUUGUAGGUUUAGUUAGAGAUGUUCCUCGGGUAGUGUACAGGUCGAGAUACUCGUGACAGCGACUGAUAGUUGCUGUAAACUGUCUAAAAACGGCACUUAAACACAGGUGACUGCGGCUCAAAGCUGUCGGAGGACAUGGAUUCCACAAAGGCUGGUAGAGUAAUAGCAUACAUCAGCUCCUCGAGCUCGGCCUCCAGUCCAGAGUCAUGCCACAGUGACUCCUCCAACAGCAGCUAUCAGUCCUGCUCUUCACCCAGCCGCCAGCAGGGCGAAGCCCUUCCUGUGGCCCCUCAAUCCCGCCCACCCAGGCACGGUGGAGGGAAGUCACGAUCACCCUCCACUGCCAAAAGUGGCAUUACAAAGAUUAACGGUCUGGUGCUCCUAUGUAAAGUGUGUGGAGAUAUGGCGUCGGGAUUUCAUUACGGCGUUCACGCCUGUGAGGGAUGUAAGGGUUUCUUCAGGAGGAGCAUUCAGCAGAACAUUCAGUAUAAGAAGUGCCUUAAGAACGAGAGCUGCCCCAUCAUGCGCAUCAACAGGAACCGAUGCCAGCAGUGCCGUUUUAAGAAGUGUCUGCUUGUGGGCAUGUCCAGAGAUGCUGUGCGUUUCGGCCGCAUUCCCAAACGAGAGAAACAGCGCAUGCUGCUGGAGAUGCAGAACGCCAUGAACAACAUGAUGAACAACAGCCAUGGCAACCAGCCCCUGCCUCUAAGCAACAUGAAUGAAAGAGCAUCAGAGGACAGUGGCUCGGGCCACUCCUCAUGCUCCUCCUCCACCUCCCCCAGGAGCAACCAGUCCGAGCCUAGCCACGACCCUGAGUCAUUGGUUACCAUGGAUACGAGCCCAAACUCGGACUCCUCCAGUGCCAUGGACAGCGGGGAGGAAGAGGUCAUAGGUACAGUAACUAGGGCACACCAGGAUACGUUCAUGUACAAUCAGGAGCAGGGCAUCGUGCCUUCAGAGGCCCCUAACAACUUCAGCCACUGCACAAAGGAAGCCUGGAACCAGCAGAUCAAUGCAUCCUCAGUGACCAAUCACAACCCACCAUUGAGCUAUGGUCCGCAGGAGCCUGAAAAGUCCAGUCGAGACAUCAAUACUCUGAGCAGCUGCUCCAUCAGACCACAUAACAGCAGCUCUGAAGGGGCAUUUCUGCAAAACUUCUCCUUUAGAGCUCAAAAUAACAAUGAAUCACACGUCAAUGGCAGCUAUAGUGUCCCGCCAUGUGCUUGGGGGAACAGGAUGCACCUGGUUUGUCCCAUGAACACAUCACCCUACGUGGACCCUCAGAAGUUGGGUCACAGUAUCUGGGAGGAGUUCUCCAUGAGCUUCACCCCAGCGGUCAGGGAGGUGGUGGAGUUUGCAAAGCGCAUCCCAGGAUUCAAAGAUCUGUCCCAGCAUGACCAGGUCAGCCUGCUCAAGGCCGGGACUUUUGAGGUGCUAGUGGUGCGCUUUACGUCGCUAUUCGAUGUGAAGGAGCGCACCGUUACGUUUCUGAGUGGCAGGAAGUACAGCGUGGAUGUGCUGCGCUCAAUGGGUGCUGGUGACCUCCUCAACUCAAUGUUUGACUUCACUGAGAAGCUGCGAGCUCUGAACCUCAGUGAGGAGGAGAUGAGCCUCUUCACAGCCGUAGUGCUGGUGUCAGCAGAUCGUUCUGGUCUUGAGAACGUUAACUCGGUUGAGGCGCUUCAGGAGACUCUGAUCCGAGCUCUGCGCAGCUUGAUCACCAAGAACCAUCCCAACGAGAUCGCCAUCUUCACCAAACUGCUCCUUAAACUGCCUGACCUGCGCUCCCUCAACAACAUGCACUCGGAGCAGCUCCUGGCCUUCAAGGUCCACCCUUGACCACCCCCCGACACCCCCCAGAACUGUGGACCACGCUCCCUGUCCACCUCCAGAAGCUCCGGGCCCGCUCCUGUGGUCCACUCAGCCGAGGGGGAGCCUGUUCUCGACUCGAUCCCCCUCGGCUGAGGUUUCUUCCCAUGACUUUCUAAGGACUGCUGGGUUCAUAUGAAGGUGGACGGGGUGGAUACAUAAGUCAUUGUACUGUAAAACAAUAACGCCUCUGUUUUUGCUAACACACACGACUCGCAGACACAAACUGGAACGGUUUCGUUGUAGAUGCUUAAGAGGGUUUGUACGAUUACGGGGAUUGUGUAGACACAGAGGCACCUUGAAUUUGUUUUUAGAUUUGUACUGUCUGUGCAAUAAGUGACGCGUUCACUGUUUUUGGAUAGUUUGUUUGUUGGUCGUUUAAUCGUUUCAGAGAUUGGCUUUGUGCAGUGAAUCUGUGGCACAGGAAGUAAACUUGUGGCUGUUUGAAAGUUAUGUGGUUAGCGUAAGACGAAAUGAAAAACUAGUACACAGAGCACAGUUUUAUGUCCUUUCCAAUUUGAAGAAAAGAACAUGCAACAACUAUGAAAAGAAAGAAUGUGGAACAAGCUGCUGAUCAGAGCUUUCCCACGGAAAGACGCAAAUCUUUAAUGGAUAUAUAUUUUUUUAUAGUUCGUCUUCUAUCUUAAAACCUCUAGUCAAGUGAAAAGGAAGCCAUUCUCUCCUCUACGCAAGUUUGUAAACGUAAAUGCUUAACAAGAUAGAUUUUGUGCGCUGUUGUGUUCCGAAAUAUGUCCGAUCGCAACACAAGCACAUGUUGCAUUCUCAGAAUUGCCAGAAGGGGCGCUAUUAGAUUAAACUGUCUAAAUCAGCCAGUUUUCUCUGUCCUGUUAACUGCUGUCAUGGUGGAGGAACAGUUUUAGUUAGUUCACGUUAGUUAAAGUCGAUAUGUUUACCUGGCACAGAUGUUUCAAGGUAACUCUUAUCGCCCCCUUGAGAAUUGAUGUUUGUUGCCACCACGUUACGUAUAUGUUCAACAGGACGCAUGCCGGCAAUGAACUGGUUGAGCAUUGAUGUUCAUGCUUAAAGUAUGUCUCUGGUCGUAGAUCUGCAUGAUGGUGCAUCUGUGUGUAUCUUUUGAAUUGUUGGGCUUUUAGUAAUGACGCAAUAUUUGAUGAUGAUGCGAAACAACUAGAGGAGAAGAACAAAUGUGUAUUAUCACUAUAAGAAUUGUGCAUGCUCCUCCUACCGGUACUGAUGGGACACAAAGCCGAGGCCACACCCUAACUGACACCUGACGAUUGGGUGAUAUUUCUCAGACAGGCCGGAUAUUAAUGAUUUUUUUUGUGAAUGAUAGUUCGGGAGGACACACUCCCCUUCAUAUUUGUGUAAUUCUGUUUGUUUCUUCUUUUUUUUCCCUUCUUUUUUAAAACCUUUUUUUCAUUUCUAUGGAUAAGUCUGUAAAGUGAAAGUUGUUGUAGAAUUCUUGUUUUUCUGUGAUAAGCUGCAGUCAGUUCAGUAAAUAGUGUGUUUCCUCACACACUGUUGGACCACACGGGAAGAGGAAACAGGAAAUGACUUGAAGCCCCUCUGAGCAGCACCAUUACUGCAGCAAUGCCUCUUAAAGAUACUUCUUGGGUAGGUAUGAAUCUCAAGGCCGCUGCAGAUGAAUAUAGUGAUUUACAAAAGGAUGGAAUGGAGUAUGUUGAGUUGUUUGGUGUGGGUCUCUCUCUCUCUCUCUCUCUCUCUCUCUCCAGCCUGCGGUUCACUUAGUGUCAGCAUUGUGUUGUCAUAUUCCAGUCUGUUUUCUUCUGUGAAAGCACUGUAAAAUAGCUAUAUAAUGAAUGAUAUAAUUAAAUACAUAUAAAAUAAACAGAUAAAUGCUGAUCCUUCUCUUAAUGUGUCAUUUGUAGAGAACGUCACAAAUGCAAAGACAAAAAUGGACACAUCUUUGAUUCUUGAUACAAAACCUUUAAAUCAAAAUAAUUUCAUGAUUGAUGAAUUUUUACGUAGUGUUGUUGCCUCAGUACAUUUGUGUUAAUAAAAGUUUUACACAUAAAAACAUUUAGCAUUUUUAGAAAUAUGUUGAAAAUGAUGCACACUCACAUAAGAUGAAGACUCCAGUCACAUCAGAAACCCUAUAAAAGAUGUUUUAUUUUAUAUGGAGCGGGUCGCCCUCUCAUGGGCGGUGCCAUGUUGACAACACAUGACAUUGGGCUCGUUUGAGACGAGCGAGUUCUGUGCACAACCGAUCACUGGUGAUCACCGCCAGGUGUUAGAAAUCUGUCCGGCUUGCUGUGAUGUCAUGCAGGUGGCACAGUUGCUUUUUCCGAGUUGAACGAACUGCAAGCACUAUGGGAAAUACUUUCUAAUGACAGCUUAAUGCUCAUUGGCUUAAACAACUGUGAUGUUUCGUUUUCAUCAUGUUUUUAUGUGUAUAAAUGAUAUGUGAAUAUUCCCAACACUCUGACAGUGCAAUCUCUGUAAGGGGUAUGUGAUUGUUAUCAUAUUUCUGAAAUAUCUCAAAUACAUGUCUUUAUUCAACUAAAAAUGGAUGGAAAGACACGUCUUAUGGGGGGAAUUAAAUAACAUGUACACUGACUGUCUUUUUCAUCAUAUUUAUUUUCAUUUUAAAGAAUCAAAAUUUCAAUUGCGUCCACUUAAUUAACAUCAAAGCACAUGAACAUGAAUCCCGCGAUAUCUGCCUUUGAUCUAGAAUGUGUUUGAUCCAGUACGAGAAGUGAGAACUAGUGAUGGGGAGUCGAUUCCUCAACUCUGACUCGUCCUGAAAUCGGAGUCGACUCUGAUACAGGAAUCGGUUAUUAUGUUCGACUCCGUAACUUUAUGAACAGGACGUUGUAAUUGGUUCUUAAGAAUGCCAAUUCAUUAUUUUGAGCCAAUCACAUCCUCUACACACACCUGUUGGUUGGAGAGAUAAUGUGCGUGCGUGCAAAAGAGAGAGAGAGAGAGAGAUAGAGAGAGAGGAUGUGUAUUACAUCAAUCCAAGGGACAGUGGUUGGAGAAGUGGAUUCUCCCAAUUUGUCUAGUUUCUAUAUGGUAAUGAAAUUAUUUCUGACCCAGCCUGUUUCUUGUGAUUUUCCCUCUUAAAAUUGGAUAUGAGCAGCAACUAGGGAAUGACAUGUUACCAGUCAUUUUAAGGUAAAGUUACGAUUGUCUCUAAUUAUAAUAGCAGGAGUUUAUGUCUUCAUGUCACACAUUUCAAAAACUCUUAAGAGAAAAUAAAAACUACAUUUAGUGUGCGAUUACUGCAAUCUUCACAGUGCCAUCGCCAGAACAUAUGGGAUUGGAAACACUAUUAAAUUACAGGUAAACUAGUGAUAUUUUAUCAAACCAAUAACCACACCAAUAUAUCUUAAUAAAACCCACUGCUAUUUAAUCCUUUGUGAUCGAGACUUCUGAGUUAGUGUUUGGAUUUGGGUAGAAACUGACCAGCAGUUACAGAAAAACUUUAUCACGGAGCGGCAGUCGGACGCAAUAAGCAGUGGAUUGAGUGAACUAUAAACGACUGAAAAUUAAACGAUGAUUUUUAUAAUUCCAUUGAUUUUCCGCUCAUGCCUGACAAGCAGUUUUAGGGGGUGAAAAUAAUGUAUGUCACGUGGGAAGGCACUGCCCACUAAUGGCCAUCCCUGGUGACGGCCCUGAAUUUUGAAACUAUCCUGAUUGAAACGGCGUGAGUCGGGAAUCGGAGUCAGCUCCAGAAAGCUCGAAAACGAACACACUUAGUGAGAACUGUCUGACUUGACUGCACUCAUUUCACUCCUCCCCUGGCUCUCAUCUACUUUCAAGGGGAGCGUUUGGCAUCUCAAACAAGCCUACUGUCAUACAAUGGUUAUCAAUAUGCUGUUCAGCUUGUAGUCCAAAAACCAGGAAGAGAAUUCGCCAUGAGUUCCCUCCGGAUUUUCCUAUGGGUUUUUAUAAUGGGUUUUUAAAGUUAUGUGUAAAAUAAGGUCUGUGGUAAACAUUACUUGACGAUACAUUGACGUUUUGUUCUACAACAUAAAUUACACACA